GGAGGAAGGUACGGAAGGAAGGAAGGCAGAAACAAAGGAAGUAGGAGGGAGAGGAGGCAAGGGAGAGGGUAGAGAUAAAGGAGGGUUGGAAGGAAGGAAAGUAAGUGGGAAAGAAGAAAGGAACGAACAAUAGAAAGAAGGAAAGAAGAAAAGAAGAAAGGGGGAGGAAAGGAAGGGAGGAAGGAAGGAUGCAGGAACAGAAGAAUGGAAGCAAAUGAGGAAGAAUGUAAGGAUGGAAGGAUUGAAGGACAGAAGAAUAGAGGGAAGAAAGGAAGCAAAUAAGGAGAAAUGGAAGGAUGGAAGGAUUGAAGGACAAAAGAAUAGAGGGAAGAAAGGAAGCAAAUAAGGAGAAAUGAAAGGAUGGAAAGAUUGAAGGACAGAAGAAUAGAGGGAAGAAAGGAACCAAAUAAGGAGGAAUGUAAAGAUGGAAGGAUUGAAGGACAGUAGAAUAGUUGGAAGAAAGGAAGCAAAUAAGGAGGAAUGUAAAGAUGGAAGGAUUGAAGGACAGAAGAAUAGAGGGAAGAAAGGAACCAAAUAAGAAGGAAUGGAAGGAUGGAAGGAUUGAAGGACAGAAGAAUAGAGGGAAGAAAGGAACCAAAUAAGGAGAAAUGUAAAGAUGGAAGGAUUGAAGGACAGAAGAAUAGAGGGAAGAAAGGAAGCAAAUAAGGAGAAAUGUAAGGAUGGAAGGAUUGAAGGACAGAAGAAUAGAGGGAAGAAAGGAACCAAAUAAGAAGAAAUGUAAGGAUGGAAGGAUUGAAGGACAGAAGAAUAGAGGGAAGAAAGGAACCAAAUAAGAAGAAAUGUAAAGAUGGAAGGAUUGAAGGACAGAAGAAUUGAGGGAAGAAAGGAACCAAAUAAGGAGAAAUAAGAAUAUAAGGAAGCAGAUAGGGAGGAACCGAAUGGAAUGGAUGGAAGGAUUGUGGGAACAAAACUUCCGUUUCGAAUAAAAGGUUUAAUCCUCACAAAGUGAAAACUCAAAUCACUAGGAAAACACAACUCAAAAUCUCUGCUCUCUCAAAAAACGUCCGCAAUACGUAUUUUUUACGAGGUACGUAGCUGGAACCGAGGCUCACAAUUUCAAAACGAGGUUAUCAGUCACGCAACUCCAAAAAAAAAGAAAAAAAAGUAACGACAGGAUUGACAGACAGAAAAAUGGAAGGAAGUAAGGAAGCAAAUAAGGAGAAAUGGAAUGGAUAGAAAGACUGAAGGACAGAAGAAUGGAGGGAAGAAAGGAAACAAAUAAGUAGGAAUAGAAGGAUGGAAGGAUUGAAGGACAGAAAAUGGAAGGAAGUAAGGAAACAAAUAAGGAGAAAUGGAAAGGAUGGAAGAUUGAAGGACAGAAGAAUAGAGGGAAGAAAGGAACCAAAUAAGGAGGAAUGUAAAGAUGGAAGGAUUGAAGGACAGUAGAAUAGAUGGAAGAAAGGAAGCAAAUAAGGAGGAAUGGAAAGAUGGAAGGAUUGAAGGACAGAAGAAUAGAUGGAAGAAAGGAACCAAAUAAGAAGGAAUGGAAGGAUGGAAGGAUUGAAGGACAGAAGAAUAGAGGGAAGAAAGGAACCAAAUAAGAAGGAAUGUAAAGAUGGAAGGAUUAAAGGACAGAAGAAUAGAGGGAAGAAAGGAACCAAAUAAGAAGGAAUGGAAGGAUGGAAGGAUUGAAGGACAGAAGAAUAGAUGGAAGAAAGGAAGCAAAUAAGGAGAAAUGUAAAGAUGGAAGGAUUGAAGGACAGAAGAAUAGAUGGAAGAAAGGAAGCAAAUAGGGAGAAAUGGAAGGAUGGAAGGAUUGAAGGACAGAAGAAUAGAUGGAAGAAAGGAAGCAAAUAGGGAGAAAUGGAAGGAUGGAAGGAUUGAAGGACAGAAGAAUAGAUGGAAGAAAGGAAGCAAAUAAGGAGAAAUGGAAGGAUGGAUAGAUUGAAGGACAGAAGAAUAGAUGGAAGAAAGGAAGCAAAUAAGGAGAAAUGGAAGGAUGGAAGGAUUGAAGGACAGAAGAAUAGAUGGAAGAAAGGAAGCAAAUAAGGAGAAAUGGAAGGAUGGAAGGAUUGAAGGACAGAAGAAUAGAUGGAAGAAAGGAAGCAAAUAAGGAGAAAUGUAAAGAUGGAAGGAUUGAAGGACAGAAGAAUAGAUGGAAGAAAGGAAGCAAAUAGGGAGAAAUGUAAGGAUGGAAGGAUUGAAGGACAGAAGAAUAGAUGGAAGAAAGGAAGCAAAUAGGGAGAAAUGGAAGGAUGGAAGGAUUGAAGGACAGAAGAAUAGAUGGAAGAAAGGAAGCAAAUAAGGAGAAAUGGAAGGAUGGAAGGAUUGAAGGACAGAAAAAUGGAAGAAAGAAAGGAAGCAGAUAGGGGAAAUAGAAUAGAUGGAAGGAUUGAAGGACAAAAGAAUAGAGGGAAGAAGGGAAACAAAUAAGUAGGAAUAGAAGCAUGGAAGGAUUGAAGGACAGAAAAAUGAAAGGAAGUAAGGAAGCAAAUAAGGAGAAAUGGAAGGAUGGAAGGAUUGAAGGACAGAAGAAUAGAGGGAAGAAAGGAACCAAAUAAGGAGGAAUGUAAAGAUGGAACGAUUGAAGGACAGAAGAAUAGAUGGAAGAAAGGAACCAAAUAAGGAGAAAUGGAAGGAUGGAAGGAUUGAAUGACAGACGAAUAGAGGGAAGAAAGGAAGCAGAUAAUGAGAAAUGGAAGGAUGGAAGGAUUGAAAGACAGAAGAAUAGAUGGAAGAAAGGAAGCAAAUAAGGAGAAAUGUAAAGAUGGAAGGAUUGAAGGACAGAAGAAUAGAGGGAAGAAAGGAAGCAAAUAAGGAGAAAUGUAAAGAUGGAAGGAUUUAAGGACAGAAGAAUAGAGGGAAGAAAGGAACCAAAUAAGAAGAAAUGUAAAGAUGGAAGGAUUUAAGGACAGAAGAAUAGAGGGAAGAAAGGAAGCAAAUAAGGAGAAAUGUAAGGAUGGAAGGAUUUAAGGACAGAAGAAUAGAGGGAAGAAAGUAACCAAAUAAGAAGAAAUGUAAAGAUGGAAGGAUUGAAGGACAGAAGAAUAGAGGGAAGAAAGGAACCAAAUAAGAAGAAAUGUAAAGAUGGAAGGAUUGAAGGACAGAAGAAUAGAGGGAAGAAAGGAACCAAAUAAGAAGAAAUGUAAAGAUGGAAGGAUUGAAGGACAGAAGAAUAGAGGGAAGAAAGGAAGCAAAUAAGGAGAAAUGUAAAGAUGGAAGGAUUUAAGGACAGAAGAAUAGAUGGAAGAAAGGAAGCAAAUAUGAAGAAAUGUAAAGAUGGAAGGAUUUAAGGACAGAAGAAUAGAGGGAAGAAAGGAAGCAAAUAAGGAGAAAUGUAAGGAUGGAAGGAUUUAAGGACAGAAGAAUAGAGGGAAGAAAGGAACCAAAUAAGAAGAAAUGUAAAGAUGGAAGGAUUGAAGGACAGAAGAAUAGAGGGAAGAAAGGAACCAAAUAAGAAGAAAUGUAAAGAUGGAAGGAUUGAAGGACAGAAGAAUAGAGGGAAGAAAGGAAGCAAAUAAGAAGAAAUGUAAAGAUGGAAGGAUUGAAGGACAGAAGAAUAGAGGGAAGAAAGGAAGCAAAUAAGGAGAAAUGUAAAGAUGGAAGGAUUUAAGGACAGAAGAAUAGAGGGAAGAAAGGAAGCAAAUAAGAAGAAAUGUAAAGAUGGAAGGAUUUAAGGACAGAAGAAUAGAGGGAAGAAAGGAACCAAAUAAGAAGAAAUGUAAGGAUGGAAGGAUUGAAGGACAGAAGAAUAGAGGGAAGAAAGGAAGCAAAUAAGGAGAAAUGGAAGGAUGGAAGGAUUGAAGGACAGAAGAAUAGAGGGAAGAAAGGAAGCAGAUAAGGAGAAAUGGAAGGAUGGAAGGAUUGAAGGACAGAAGAAUAGAGGGAAGAAAGGAAGCAGAUAAGGAGAAAUGGAAGGACGGAAGGAUUGAAGGACAGAAGAAUAGAGGGAAGAAAGGAAGCAGAUAAUGAGAAAUGGAAGGAUGGAAGGAUUGAAGGACAGACGAAUAGAGGGAAGAAAGGAAGCAGAUAAUGAGAAAUGGAAGGAUGGAAGGAUUGAAGGACAGAAAAAUAGAGGGAAGAAAGGAAGCAAAUAAGAAGAAAUGGAAGGAUGGAAGGAUUGAAGGACAGACGAAUAGAGGGAAGAAAGGAAGCAGAUAAUGAGAAAUGGAAGGAUGGAAGGAUUGAAAGACAGAAGAAUAGAUGGAAGAAAGGAAGCAAAUAAGGAGAAAUGGAGGGAUGGAAGGAUUGAAGGACAGAAGAAUAGAGGGAAGAAAGGAACCAAAUAAGAAGAAAUGUAAGGAUGGAAGGAUUGAAGGACAGAAGAAUAGAGGGAAGAAAGGAAGCAAAUAAGGAGAAAUGUAAGGAUGGAAGGAUUGAAGGACAGAAGAAUAGAUGGAAGAAAGGAAGCAAAUAAGGAGAAAUGUAAGGAUGGAAGGAUUGAAGGACAAAAGAAUAGAGGGAAGAAAGGAACCAAAUAAGGAGAAAUGGAAGGAUGGAAGGAUUGAAGGACAGAAGAAUAGAGGGAAGAAAGGAACCAAAUAAGGAGAAAUGUAAGGAUGGAAGGAUUGAAGGACAGAAGAAUAGAUGGAAGGAACCAAAUAAGGAGAAAUGUAAGGAUGGAAGGAUUGAAGGACAGAAGAAUAGAGGGAAGAAAGGAAGUAAAUAUGGAGAAAUGGAAAGAUGGAAGGAUGGAAGGACAGGAAAAUGGAGAGAUGGAAGGAAGGAAAGAUUUAAGGAUGGAAAAUAG